AUGCCUCUGGAACAAAACAUUUCUGGGGACAAUUUUGUUCAUGAUGACAUUAACAACAUUAGCAAGGACAGGAGAUUAUCUAAAACCUAUGAAGGAAAGAUUAGAAAGAGCAGGGAUAAUCUCGAGCCUGUAAAGGAAAGAUUAGAAAGGACAGGGGAUAAUCUAAAGCCUGUAAAGGAAAGAUUAGAAAGGACAGGGGAUAAUCUAGAACCUGUGAAGGAAAGAUUAGAAAGGGCAGGAGAUAAUCUAGCCUGUAAGGAAAGAUUAGAAAGGGCAGGAGGAGAUAAUCUAGAAGCUGUGAAGGAAAGAUUAGAAAGGGCAGGAGAUAAUCUAGAACCUGUGAAGGAAAGAUUAGAAAGGGCAGUAGAUAAUCUAAAGACCGCGUAG